CUAGUUGUGAAAACAGCAGCAUGCUUGGGUGAUGCUUCACCAACUACACAGAAUAAAAAGGCUCCUGCCCUGGACUCCUCAUCCACAGCCUGCUCUGAAAGUCUCCUCCAUCCUUUGCAUCUGGUCAAAUCCCUGCCGAGAUGUCCUGCCAGCAGAACCAGAAGCAGUGCCAGCCUCCUCCCAAGUGCCCCUCUCCCAAGUGCCCCCAGAAGAGCCCAGCACAGUGUCUGCCCGCAGCCUCCUCCUGCUGUGCUGCAAGCUCUGGGGGCUGCAGUGUCUCCAGCUCUGAGGGAGGCUGCUGCCUGAGCCACCACAGGCGCAGGUCCCACAGAUGCAGGCACAGGAGCUCCAGUUCCUGUGACCGAGGCAGUGGUCAGCAGUCUGGGGGCUCAGGCUGUGGCCACAGCUCUGGGGGCUGCUGCUGACCUGGAGCCUGAGGCUGUAACAAGAGAGUCUAAAGGAAAAGGAAUCCCAGGACCCCAGGAAAGCCCAGCAGGAAUGUCUUGUCCAUUCCUGGAGGCCCUCUGGACUACUGCUGUCCAGGGGUCCAACUCCUCUAAGAACUUCUCUUACUGUCUACUGUCUAGGAUCGAACAGUCUCCACUCUUGCCCCAACUGAAGGCUCUGUCUACCCUAUACCUAUCCAUGUCAGAAAUAAAGCUGAUCA